GCCGCGCCCUGACUACUCUUGUAGAAAUGUAAUUUCUUUUUGCAGUCUAUAAAGCUCUGUCAAUCUUUUUUCUUUUCUUUUCCAUGGUUGCAAUUCUGAGUGUGGCCCACAUUGCUUUUCAGGUUGGAGAAGUUGGUGAGACCCAGCCCAGUGCGAGUUUAUCGCGCCAAAGCAAAGCAAGCAAGCCUGAGGCACUGCACUAUGCUUCGCUCCCGUUGGUCGGGCUUACAGCAGUUACCUCCAAGUGCCAGGAGUCAAGUGUCCGUAACCGGUGUUGAUGGCAGUUGUUGGCUGAUGUGAUGUCUACGGAACAACAAGACUACGUCUGGUUACGAAGAAGAUGUUCAGGUCCUUGAACCACUUUACGUGUAGCAGUUGCCACUGUUUGUUGCCAUAGUCAACAGGUUUCCUCGAUUUAGGGGUAGUAAUAGGGAGGAGGAGGAUUCGACUGCGAGGAGAAAGGUGAGCGCGACAGCAGAAGAGGGAGCGAACAGGCAGCAGAACUUUCUGCGCAAUUUCACAAUGCAGCGGCUUGGUUGCACGGGAGGAUAUCGGCACGUUCGCGGAUGCGGAGUAGGAUUGGAACUGCUUGCUGUUCUCUUGGCAAGCUUCGCUUCCUUUUUCCGGCUGUAAAUGCGUGUAGGGUAGCCCCCGACGUUGUCAUAGUUGAAGCAGUUUGAAGUGUUGAUCUCUGUAUCAAACAGUUGUAUGUGUGUACCAUUCAGCCGUCAUGCAGGUAGUCUUGACGAGUUUCGUGCUAAAUAGUUAGGGAGGUUUUUCGCGCAGGGAGAAGGGUGUGCAGUGCACGCGAAGAGAAGAAAGCAGAAGUGUAGGACUGUUUGGUACGGUUUUGCAAUGCACCGGCUUGGUCGCAGAGGAUAUGACCACAUCCGCAGAGCAGCAGGAUCCCAACUGCUCUGUUGUUGUCGGGACCGCCAGAUGAUCUCCAGAGCGACUUCUCGGGUAGAGCAGCGUUCGUGGACCCUUGCCAGACUCGGGCCAACCAACAAUGGUGGUGGGGUUGUGGGGACGAUAGUGGAUGGUAAUGAACCGCCCUCACGAGAACAGACGUGUAGCCCUCAGAGACAACUGACCAGAUGGGUUCGGGUGAAUGCUUGCUCGUCUGAUUGGCCCAAAACGGGUGCUGACUUCCUGUCCCGGUAUCGUUACGAGGAUGGCGGUCUUUUUGCCCAUUCUCAAGCCCUGGGCGUUUGCAGGCUCCAACACUUUCAUGGGUCCACACAAGCGCUUCUUGCCCGAAAGAAGCCGGUAUCCAGUGCCAUAUAUGCACGCAUUUCUGCCCGAAAGGUGGCAAAGAAGAAGGCUGCAGAGAUGGCUGCUGAAGGCAAGGAAGGGGACAGAGACGGAGAGGGGACGCGGAGAACGAAAGGGAAGAAUGGAAACAGCGUCUUGCUGGAGCAAGAAGAGGAGUUUGACGAAAGCAAGCAGUUUCAACCGUGGGAGAUGGAGGCAUGGCAGAAGGCGCGGUUGUACAAAGGAGAGGUAGUCCCAUACGAUCCGUGGGACAGGGAACUCCUGCGAUUGUGGAGAUUAGGCGAUGAGGAAUGGGAUGCGACAAAAAUCACUGUUAGUUUGGACCGACACAGGGGCUUGGGCUGGAGACAAAGAGGGAGGUCGCAGUCAGUGGGGAGGGCGUUGAGCGACAGGCAUGUGCGCGAAGGACACGAGCUGAGGAGGUGGGGAAUAGGUGGCAGUGAGGGAUGGCGGGGGAAGGAGAACGGCAUUGCUGGAAGAAGAGGGGUGCAACCGCGGGGUACCACCACUCAGAGGGGAACGGCUCAGGCAGUCACAGGCACAUCGGGCAGGACGAAGGGGCGCUGAAUUGCACCAGGUUGUGGUGGAUAUUUGGCAGAAACGCAGAGGAUGCAGAGGAUGCAGAGGACGACUCUCUGACGAGGACAGCCUCUCAGCUUGUGAGUUUAACUACUGCAUUGGCAGUAGUAGCCGAGAAGAACAUACGUGACAUUUGUAUAUAGGGUCGAAGAAAGGGGAGCCCUUUUCAAUGGAUGAGGGGAGGGGGGGAAGGCGGGGGGGUGUCGAUAAUGAGCGACUGAAAUCUGUGACCUAACAGAGUGCUUCCUUCUUCGGCAUCAUCUUUCAAAUUCUUUUUGUCCCGUUCCAGUGCCUUCUGCUGUGCAAUGCGAUUGGGCUUGUGUUAUUUGCUGCAGGUUGUCUGUCCCAUUGUUUCUUUCUUCUUUACGCAUUACGUCUGUUCCAUUGUUUCUUUCUUCGGCACACGGUAUCGUCAUUGCCUGUCUGCUGCAUUGUAACUCAACAGUUGGAAAAUGAAUAUCUUUGAUCGGU